AUGGCACCCAAGAUCUUCAUCACGGGAAUAACAGGCUACAUAGCCGGCGAUGCCUUCUACGGUUUGCACAAAGCCCACCCAGACUACGAGUAUUCCGCCUUAAUCCGCACCCAAGAAAAAGCCUCCAAAGUAAAAUCCCAAUAUCCAAACGUCCGCCCAGUAAUCGGCGGUUUGGACGACAGUUCCAUAAUUGAAGAAGAAGCUUCGAAAGCAGACAUCGUUCUCCACGCAGCAGACGCCUCGGACCACGAAGGUGCCGCACGUGCAAUAGCCAAGGGCCUGGCCAAAGGCCAUACCAAAGAAAAUCCAGGAUUCUGGCUCCAUACCGGCGGAACAGGAAUUUUGACAUAUUUCGACUCGAAAGAUGAUAGAUUAGGUGAAGAAUGGACGAGAGGAGAAUUCAAUGACUAUUCCGGAGUUUCUGAACUCACGACAUUGCCGGACGAAGCUUUUCACCGAAAUGUUGAUAAGAUUGUUCUCGAGGCCACAGAGAAGCACGGCGAGGCUGUGAAGACUGCCAUCAUCUGUCCCCCGACAAUCUACGGAAAAGGUCGAGGACCAGUCUCUGGACGAGGAAGACAAGUCUACGAAUUAACGAAAAUGAUCCUGACCAAAGGCUACGCACCAGUCAUCGGAAAGGGAAAAGCGAAAUGGGACAAUGUCCAUGUCUACGACCUAUCAAACGUGUAUGCCCUCCUAGUCGAAGCCGCAGUAAACAGGAAUCUUUCUGAUGAGAUCUGGGGCGAGAAGGGAUAUUUCUUGACAGAGAAUGGCCGACAUGUCUGGGGAGAUUUGAGUAAAUUCAUUGCUGCUAAGGCUGCGGAGAUGGAUGCGAUUCCGAGAGAUUACAAGGUGCAGAGUUUGCGUAAGCAGGAGGCUUGGGAUACGGCGGGUUUCGAGGCUCUGAGUUGGGGUUUGAAUUCUAUGGGGAAGGCGGAGAGGGCGAAGAAAGUGCUGGGGUGGAAGCCGAGGGAGUGUAGUUUGGAGGAAGAGGUGCCGAAGAUAAUUGAGGAGGAGAGGGAGUUGCUGGGAAAGAAGUAG